AUGUCUCCAAAUAGCAGUGGUGCAGUUAACUGUCGAAGAGACAUUUCGAUACGCAAUCCAAAAAGUUUAUCUGUAAAAUACCAACCGACAGACAUAUCGAUGAAACGAGCCGGACCGUCGGGAGCUGGGAGUACUAUACCCUUAGCCACCGAAAGGUCCGAAUUCGAGGAUUUUAUGAACGCUUAUCGUCCAAACUUGGAAACAGCGCGAAGAGAAUUUGAACCUCAACCAAAACCUGCAGAAGAAUCAAAGGUUGAUUUUGGGCGAUCUAUUAAAAAAUUAAUGAAGCGUCCAACUAAUUCACCGAGUACCCAGAAAAGUAUUCGUAAAGAGGGUUUUACCAGGACACCGACGCUAGCUAUCCCUAAUCACCCAGAACGCGAAAGAAGUGUGACUAGCGAUGGGAAGCCAAUGUCUGAGAAAAAGACUAAAAGGCCAUUAUCAGCCACUAUUGAAACCUUUGCACCUCCAGCUUCUGCACCAGGGCCAACAACCCUUCAGCCUCCUAAUGCAAUUCUUCCAAAAACAGAAAUAACACCACCGCCGUCCCCAUUGCCGCCACCUCCACCCAAGGCCCCCAAACCACCAGUGAAAUCACCAAAAAAUGGACUAGAAGACCUCCCGAAAGCAUUGCCUGAAAGUGCGCCUGUACUUCCUGCAAGUGUUCCUCCACCCUUAGUGCCAGUAUCCAUUCCAGCCCAUGUCUCCUAA